GACUCGAUUUUGAUGGAAAACAAUUCUCAAGAUUCGAUUUGUCCGUAACUAGCCGAAAAGUGCCCAAAUCAUGGCGAACAAUACCACAAGUUUGAAUAUCACAACAGUUGGACGGCGUGCCUCUCCAUGUGCCUUUCGUAUCUUUACCAAUACUGAAAACUGGAUUCAAGUGUCCUCCUUCUUCUUUAUUAUCUUCUUCUCAAUCAUUGGCAAUACCAUCGUGAUUACGAUAAUAAAGAAAAAUAAACGCAUGCACAUUCCAACCAAUUUCUUCAUCGUCAACUUGUGCGUUGUCAACUUGGUGAUCGUGUUACUCAACACAAUACCGGACAUUCAGGGCAGAAUAGCACCAACCCUUGGAUUUGCUGUCAGUGGUUGGCCGGGUACGAUUCUGUGCAAGUUGCAGGCAUUCUUCUCAUCAUGUACCAUCAAUGCCGCAAUUCUUACACUUGCAUUCAUUGCAGCCGAUCGAUUCAUUGCCAUAUAUUUUCCCCUGAAAAGAGUGAUCAAUUCUCGCAAGGCAAUCGGGCUCAUCGUCGCGGCAUGGUUGGUUCCUGCAUUGCCAGCUUCCAUCUUUCUGUACGUAAAUAAGCUAGUUCAAUUCCGCGGCAUUACCUAUUGUGUUGAAAUGUGGCUACCAGCUAUUCCCAUGUAUAUUAACACCAUCUACACGACGGCCGACUUCGUCGUCUUCUACGCCUUACCACUGCUAGAAAUCAUCCUUUUUUACGUUGCCAUCAUCUACAAAGUAUGGAUGCGAAAGAUUCCAGGACAGGUAACGACAGCUAACCAGCAACUGGAGCUGAAAGCGAAACAGAACGUGCUUAAGAUGCUUGUCCUGGCGGCACUGACGUUCGCAUUGUUUUGGCUUCCUACGAAAGUUAACAUCAUGAUUUCAAUUUACAGCAGCGCGCGAUGUUUGCAAAAUCCAACAUCUCAUUUCUUGUCACUUUUCUUCGCUUCCAUUAAUUGUGCCGUGAAUCCGCUCAUCUACUUAACAUUCAGUCGGGAUUUUCGAAAAAGCUUCAAAGCUAUUUUUCACUGCCUGCCUUGUUUUACUGGAGACGAGCCUCCUCGCGCAAACAGCAGCCGGUCCAUGGAAGUAACCGAGAUGUCCCAUUCUGGAAGGCAUAGUGGUCUUAGUCUAAGGAGUUUCAAAAGGAUAGAGACUAGCUAAAGUUUAGCAACAGCGCAGGUAAAAAAACGUUAUUAAAAU